AUGGAGGUCUUGUCCCAUGAUGGGGAUUAUGCUUCUGCUCAUGACAAUGAGCUUUGGGUUCAGUACAAUGAGGAGCAGCAGACAGCAUUGAACCAACGCCUCGCUCUGUGUCGCAUCAGGGUUCAUGAGAAGCAAUACCGGGCAAUGGAUGAUGCAAGUCUGUUAAAGCUAUUCCCUCCCUCGGUUCUUGAAAACAAUUGGUACUAUGAUCAUUAUGAGUGCCAUUUUGAUUGGUUCUUUGACCCUGCAUAUUGCAAGCUUCCUCAUGUGGAGGAUUACCAGCGCAUGGUGCUUCGUGUUACUGUAGAGUUCGAAGGCUUGGAAAUUUGCCCCUACGCUCGUAAUACGCUUGCGGAUGACCAACAAUUUGUCCAGUUCUGGGAGAAGUUGUCAAGAAAAACUAAGUUGAUUGAAUUGUACAUAACAGAGAGAAUUGAGAAUGUGCUCAGGUAUCAUGCAUUGAAGAUCGCAGAAGAACUUCCCUCUGUUUACAAAACUCCAAUUGUCGCAAGAUUCAUGGAAUUUGUGUGGGGUGUGGUGGAUGAUUAUACUUAUGCUGGUUUCCUUACUAAGAUGUGGGAACUGCUUGCUAAGCAACAGAUGAAUUUCACAGAUGCUUUGAGGUACGUGUACAAUGAAGGCAAGUAUCGGUCCAUUUUUCUGUGGGGAAUGGGAUCUGAGUUGGAACCGAAUCUAUUUCGAAUGGAACAGCAUGCUCAAGAUGGUGAUGUUCAUCAGUUGGUCAUGGACACCAUUAUAGAAAAUUUUUGGAAACCAAGGACAUACUAUGAGUACGUGAGAAAGAAGAUGCGUAUUGCUGAAGAAAUCGGUUUGAUCCCCAAGCAACAUCCCCCAAAGUAUGCACAAAUUUUCUAG